GGCAAGGCAGUGGGCAUCGUCACCACCACGCGGGUGACCCACGCGACACCCAGCGCCGCCUACGCCCACUCCGCCAACCGCGACUGGUACUCGGACGGGGAGAUGCCCCCGGACGCGCUGGAGGGCGGCUGCAAGGACAUCGCCCGGCAGCUGGUGGAGAACAUCCCCGACAUCGAGGUGAUCUUGGGCGGCGGACGGAAAUACAUGUUCCCCAAAAACGCCAGCGACGUGGAAUAUCCCCACGAGGACAAGCAUCGAGGGACCCGCCUUGACCGCAGGGACCUUGUCCAGGCGUGGCACGACGCCAAGCCCCCCGGCAAGGUCGCCAAGUACGUGUGGCACCGGCGGGAUCUGCUCGCCCUCAACCUCAGCCGCGUCGACUUCCUACUGGGCCUCUUCGAGCCGGGUGACAUGGUGUACGAGCUGGACAGGAAUAACGAGACGGAUCCGUCCCUCAGCGAGAUGGUGGCGGUGGCCAUCAGGAUGCUCCAAAAAGGGGGUAAUGGAGUGAAAAUGGGGGUCACAGGGGGCCGCAUCGACCACGGGCACCACGAGGGAAAGGCGAAGCAGGCGCUGCACGAG